UCUGAUAGAACGCGUGCUCGAUCCGCGACCCCAAUUCCACUGCAUGCGCGUACGUGCAUGAAUGAAUCGAGUAGUGGUGCGGUAGUGGAAUUCGUGAAACAUGUUUUCCGUUUCUCCCAUUUCCACGCGAAAAUUCUGACGUUUAGGUUUAGUACCAAACUUAGAACACAUACACGGGGCACCGGUCGACAGCUACAUGCUUCGAAUUUCCUGUGUAUCGUAUUAACGGAUUACCGUUUUUGUUUGUAUUAGCGCAGCGGCCGCGUUUACCUAUUUUCGAUAGUUAACCGUUAAUUCUGUCAGAGCCUACUGCGCCUAAAAAUGUGCUUUACGUUUUUGUGUACUUAAGUACUCCUUAUCUUAUUUGUGAUUGUUCUUACUUACUAGCAUUAUUUAACUGAAGCUGUGAUCGGUGUUUUUCUUAUUGUAAAGGACCAUGGAAGGCAUCGCGUUCAACUUCGCUCUGAGCAGCUUGAAAGUGAUUUCGUUCGUUUUGGAUGUGAUUACAUUCCCGAUAUACUUCAUCUUGGACAACCCUUUGGAGGCUAAGCGGAAGGCUAAGGAAGUCAGGGCUACAAUUAUUGAUAGAGGUCCAAAUUAUAUCACAUUUAGAGGAAAGCAACAGCCUACCGAGUUUCACAUAGAACUUCUUGAAAAUGGCAUCGAUACUAUGUCAAAAAUGUUGGAUUACUGUAGUAAAAAACGAAAAAACAACAAAUGUUUGGGUACAAGAGAAGUGUUAGCUGAGGAAGAUGAAUUACAACCUAAUGGAAAAGUUUACAAAAAGUUCGUUUUAGGUGAUUACAAAUGGCAAAGUUACGAGGAGGUUAACACAUUGGCAACGCAUUUCGGACGAGGCCUGAGGGAACUGGGCAACGAACCAGGCAAGAAUGUGGUUAUUUUUUCAGAAACUAGAGCGGAGUGGAUGAUCGCAGCCCAUGGUCUAUUUAAACAGAGUAUCCCAUUAGUUACUAUUUAUGCUACGCUUGGCGAUGAAGCUAUUGCCCAUGGUAUCAACGAAACUGAGGUGUCUACAGUCAUAACGAGUUUUGAAUUGUUACCCAAAUUCAAACAAAUCCUCAGUUUAACUCCACAAGUAAAGACUAUUAUAUACAUCGAGGAUCAGUUGAAGAAACUUGAUGACACUAAUGGAUUUAAAAAUGGAGUUACUAUAAUAAAAUAUAAGGAUGUUUUAGAAAAAGGAAGAAACUCUAAUAUAGGAGAAGUAGCUCCAACUAAAGAUGAUGUAGCUAUUAUAAUGUACACCAGUGGAUCCACUGGUAUUCCUAAAGGUGUUAUGUUACAACACAAAAACUUAAUAGCUACCUUCAAAGCUUUCUGUGAUCUUACUAGAAUGCAAGAUGGUGAUAUAAUGAUGGGCUAUCUGCCUUUGGCUCACGUUUUUGAGCUAUUGGUGGAAAGUGUGUGUAUGUGUAUGGGUGUGCCUGUAGGAUAUUCGGGACCACUUACCUUAAUAGAUUCGGCUAGCAAAAUUAAAAAGGGUAGCAAAGGUGAUGCUACAGUCUUACGACCUACCUUUAUGACAGCCGUCCCGUUGAUUUUGGACAGGAUAGCGAAAGGCAUACACGACAAAGUGGAAAACAUGAACUUUACCACAAGGUUACUUUUCAGAUUUGCGUACGAAUACAAGUUGAAAUGGCAAAAAUUGUGCUUUUCAACGCCUUUAGUCGAUAGGAUAGUUUUUAGCAAAGUUCAAAAAAUCAUCGGCGGUCGAUUAAGGCUGAUCAUUUCUGGCGGAGCCCCGUUGACAGCUGAAACACAAGAACAAAUCAAGACGUGUAUGUGCAUAUCACUGUUGCAAGGAUAUGGACUGACUGAGACCACUUCUUCUGCCACGUGUCAAGACGAAUAUGACCCCACGUUUGGAAGAAUUGGCCCCCCUCUAAGCGGAAUAGAUAUAAAACUAGUCAAUUGGGAAGAGGGUAAUUACCUGGUUACUGAUAAACCAAAUCCUAGAGGAGAGAUUGUAGUAGGCGGUGAAAACAUCAGUAUCGGUUAUUAUAAGAAACCCGGAAAUACUAAAGAAGAUUUCUUUGAAGAAAAUGGAAGGCGGUGGUUUAAGACUGGUGAUAUUGGUGAAGUAGAUAGUGAUGGAGUAUUUAGGAUUAUUGAUCGUAAGAAGGAUCUUGUCAAACUACAAGCAGGCGAAUACAUUUCCCUAGGUAAAGUAGAAUCUUCCCUAAAAACUCUACCUCUUGUUGAAAACCUGUGCGUAUACGGGGACUCGACCAAGAACUUUUGCGUGGCGCUGGUCGUUCCCAGCUUGGACGAGUUACCGAAGUUUGCCGAAAGACUGGGGAUCACAGGCAAGAGUUUUGAAGAACUCUGCGAUGACGAAAGAGUACAAAAGGCUGUGACGCAGCAGCUUGCUGAACACGGACGUAAAUGUAAACUACACAGAUUUGAAAUUCCAACCGUAGUGAAACUCAUCUCAGAAAUUUGGUCCCCAGAAUCGGGUUUAGUCACCGCAGCUUUCAAGUUGAAGAGGAAAGAUAUACAAGAUAGAUAUAGAAACGAGAUCAAAAGAAUGUAUUCAUCUUAAGAGGCCUUAUUGUGUAAUGUGUAAUAUCUUUAGUUUGUUUUUAAUACAGUUUUGUUUGAUCCAGGUUCAUUCAGAGCUUGUAUAUGUGAAUAUUUUGCCCCUAAACCUCUGUACAAAUCAAUAUCGAACACUUCAAGGGGUUUGACGGUGGCUUAAACAUUCUGUGCAACUUGCGUGUGAUCGUGAACUUAACUUAUUAUAACAAGUGUAUGUAAAUUGAAAUUCUGAUUGUUACGUCCGUUCGUGUGAUAAAAGUUGCAGAUUUUGCCGAUAUGACGACAAGGGACUGAAUUGGUUGUUGAAAAACUGGAUGUGUCCAAUCUUUAUACUCCAUUUUAGAUUUUAGGAUAAGACAUGAUUUAUUUUGUCAUUUCAAUUAUUUUCUGACGCCCCCCGAAAUUGUUUAAGAUGUCCGUCACGGGGGGAAAGGUAUCUGCGAUCGAAAAUUUAAAAGCUGAGGAAGGGGGAUCAGUGCAUCUGAGAGCGAAUGUCCUUGUGUUCGAUUUCCUUUAGGCUCUUUACUGACCCCUCUUCGCCUAAAUGUCCCCACAAGGGAACGUUAUCGUUAACUUUGCGAAACACUGACCUAGAGGGAUUAGGGUCAAACAAUGUCAAGAGAUCGGAGAAUAAUUUGUCUGAAGAGAUUUCCCAGUCUACUAACCAUAGGCUAUUCAAAAAUUGGGUCGACAAAAUAUCAGCCUUUCUGUCGCAGUCUCAGCGGCUGCGCAUUUAUUCCCUGCGUUUGCAGCUGCAUUAGCUUACAGAAUGAUGUCAGUUAAGAUUCCAAUUGGGUUUAAAAUACAAACAUCAGAAAGAUGGACAAUAAUUUCAUGCAAACAUUAGUCUGAACUCUCAAAUUGACUAUUUAGAUUUGCGUGGUUCCUUUCUGUGCCUUUGAAAAGUUUCCAAAUGGUUUGACUGUAGGUGGCUAGUUAAUCCUUGAACACUGCUUUGACUCAAAAUCAUUGAACUUUCUUAAUAGUCUAGUCAUAUUAGCAAAUUUCCCCGAAAUAAUCGUUAAUUCUGGUUUUAUUGAUGCAAGUUUUUCAAGGGUAUUUAAAACAGGGACGCAUAAAGUGAGUACACCAAUUUUUGCGGGAAAACCUUUUAUUCGACAACAAAGAAUGAGAAAAAGCGUUUUUUGGGAUUCAGUCGAAAGUGUUGGCAGGAACGAAAAAACUCUUCCAAUAAGAUUUUUAGGUAUUUAUGAGACCUACAGAAUGAGAGAAUACGUAAAAGGAUCCGACUAAUAGUAAAAAAGUUAUGGCCGAAAACCUAUGCAAAAUGCAGGUUCUGGCACUUGUUGCUAAUGCGACGAUAAUAUCACGCAGCUACUUGAAAUUCUUCAAAUCCGAAGGCUUCUUACUUCGAAUUAACCACAACAAAAUUGGAGUCGAUCGGUCAAAUAGUUUUUGAGAGUUUCUAAUUGUUUAUCCCAAAACACCUGUCUUUCGGUCAUCACUACUAGUUCAUUGAGCAAUAUUCGUUCAAACGGGAUUUUAUAGUAAAAUACAAGAGUUUACCUUGCCGAUAUGAAUCUUAAGCCAUUCCGAAAGCUAAUAAGAACGAAGGGUUGCAGUAAUUGAACAGAUUCGCUACGAUAUUCGAAAAGCAUACGUUAUUAUACACAUUUUAACACAAAUGGGAUGUCUAUAACCUUUUGUUGAGAAGAAAAAAAAAUAUUUUCAACAUUUCUUCAUACUCUUGUGUAUACAUAUUUAGAGCUGAAAUUUUUAAAUGGUCAUAGAUGAGCCUUGAAGAAAAAAAAAUUCAAACUGAAAUGCGCUGAACUGAUUAUAAAGUGAGCGCAAACUAAAGUAUUAAUAUAGCUUACGUGUCUAAAAAGAAAAAAAUAGUACACAAAUAUCAACCAAUUGUAGCGAACUGACCGUCUGAAAUUAGGCAAAAUGCUCGGUAUUAGUCCCUAAUACAGUAUUUAAAGUUUCAGCAUUGUAUCUUGUAUAAUUUUCAAGAGUAUUUUGUUUAUAACAGAUUUGAUAUGCCUCCAACGUUUACUUGACAUUUGUCAGUGUCAAGUUUAGUGGUAUAAAGAUCCAGUAAACCAAGAGGCGUCGUAGCGUAAUGGGAGGGAUCGACGAUUGCAGAAUCGGAGGAUGGAGGUUCGAAUCCACAAACCCCCUUUCUUCUAUUAAUUUUUUUCUAUAUUUGGAGAAUAAAUGCUUUUUCAUAUUACGUGUACUUGUGCAGAUAAAUAACAAUACGAAAAAAUAAGCAGCAUUAUGGUUGCUAUGGUUAAUAAAUACAAAAUGCAAUGAAUCUUUCAUUCAGUUUCCUUCUCUAUGCACAACAAUACAACAAUUUGAUUUUUUCUAUAUUUAACUUUCACGUUGUCUUAGGGCAUCCUCUUUCCCAUCACUCCCGAAAAUGGAUAUUACCUUUGCGUGAUGCUGCUAUAAUACAAACUAUGCAAAAAUGUCUACGCUCUUGAUGAAAUGAGCAUUUACGCUCAUCAGUAACAUGAUAAAAUUCAAAAGCUGUGGGUUAGCUCACUUAAUUUUAUAAGUAUCCUCUACGGCUUCAAGAGGUACCUAAUAAGACCGCGUUCGAACACUUGAGCGUAUUAUCACAAACAAAAUUUCGGAUGUCUUUCAUUAUUGUUGGUUAAUGAUUAGAAAUUUUAUCAAAGUAGUAUAAAAAAAUUAUAAACAAUCAUACGUAUACCUCCGGUUUCCUGUUUGCAAGCUUAUAUUGUUUAUUAUAUUUAUCGCAAUAAAAGUACACAUAAGAUGAAAAACCAUCUAUAUAUCCAAUUAAAAAAAAUAAUAACAGAAAAAAAGAGCUUUGUGGAUUCGAACCCCCGUCUGCGGUCUGCAUUGUUAAUCCUUCCCAUUACGCUACGACGCCUGUUGGUUCACCGGAUCUUUAUACCACAAUUCUUGACACUGACAAGUGUCAAGGGAACAUUGGUGGGGCAUAUCAAAUUUGUGAUAAUGAACAACUAAAAUACUGUUGGAAACUAUACUAGAUACAAUGCUGAAACUUUAAAUAAUGUACUAGGACUAAGGGACUAAUACCGAUCCUUUUGCCUUUAAGGCUCAUCUUUGACCGUGUAAAAAGUUUAGCACUAAAUAUGUGUACACAAGAGUAUGAAGACAUCUUGAAAAAAAUUGUUUUCUGCGCAACAAAAGGUGAUAGAGACAUCCGCUUUGUUUUAAAAUGUGUUUAGAAACGUAUGUUUUUCGAAUAUCGUAGCGAAUCUGUACAAUUACUUACAAAUACGGAAUGUUCGAAUUUGCUUAGAAGAAAAAAAUUACAAUUAUUUUUCGGAAUGGCUUGUGAUUCAUGUUGGCAAGGUAAACUCGUGUAUUUUUCUAUAAAAUGAUCUUUGAACAAACCCGGUGUAUUGCUUAAUAAACUAGUAGCCGGAAGACAGAUGUUUUGGGAUAAACAAUUAAAAAUUCCAAAAAACUACUUGACCAAUCGACUCCAAUUUCAAGGAGCUGCGUGAAAUUAUCGUCGCAUUAGCAACAAGUGCCAAAACCUGCAUUUUGCCUCGGUUUUCGGCCAUAACUUUUUUACUAUAAGUGGGAUCUUUUUCCGUGUGGCCUCAUAAAUAACUAAAAAUCUUAUUUGAAAAUGAGUUUUUCCGUCCCUGUCAACACUUUCGAUUGAAUCCAAAAAAACACGUUUUCUCAUUCUUUGUUGUCGAAUAAAAAGUUUUCCCACAAAAAUUGGUGUACCCACUUUAUGCGUCCAUGUUAUAUAUACCCCCUUGAACAACUUGCACCAAUAAAACCAGACUUUACAAUUAUUUCGCAAACGAGUGGUUUUCGUCUAUAAAGCAAUUCUCAAAAUAUUUGUUGCACUUUGUUGAAGUCUCUCUGGAAUUGAGUGGACCUAAAAUAAAUGUAGUGAAGCUUUUAUACAGGUUCUGAUUUUCGAGCCUGACAUGAAAUAAGCAGUUUGUUAAGAUGUUUAUACUGCCAAUUUGUAUAUAAUGCAAUAAUGAUUUGUAAAUUAUGAUAAUAUUUACUGUACCAUAGAUAUUUUAAAUAUCACACAUACUAUUAUGGUUUUCUAUUGCUCUGAACAACUUUAAAUGACAGUUCAAAUAAAAACCAGCCUAUUUAA